ACUGAUGAAAAUGUAUCAUCAAAUAGGGAUGAUAGUAGCCCAAGGGUGAGUUGUUUGUUUAUUAUGAUAGCAUUGAUUGAUGAUGUAAAAGAUGAAGGAAUUAUCACUUUUAAAAGAUCGAUGAGUUGUAAUCUCAUAUUGGAGACUGAUUCACAUAGAUGA